AUGCCCAACCUCACUGAUACCAUUUCCACAUCUGCUCAUCUUAUCUCGCUGCCAUGCCAUUUGGGCCACAUCACAUGUUCCCCACAUCACAUGUUCCCCACAUCACAUGUUCCCCACAUCACGUGUUCCCCACAUCACGUGUUCCCCACAUCACGUGUUCCCCACAUCACAUGUUCCCCACAUCACAUGUUCCCCACAUCACAUGUUCCCCACAUCACAUCUUCCCCACAUCACAUGUUCCCCACAUCUAUUCCCCAUCGUCCAUCGUGCCACUUUUCGAAAUUUCUCAAGAUGCACAUCUGCGCGGCCUUCACUGUGGUCUGUGGUGUGACACGGUGUGGUGCGAUUGAAUGUGGUGGAUUUGUUUUUUUGCCAUCUCACACGUCAUCAUGUGUGCAUGCAUGCGAUCUGUUGCCAGCUGGCAGUGCAGAAGGUGUUGGAUGCGCGCUUCCAUCCCAAGGGCUUGCCUCAGCUCGUCAUUGGCUGCAACGAGGCGCCCAACGAGUUGCUCCUCUUCGACCUCUCAACGCGCCCAACGAGUUGCUCCUAUUCGACCUCUCCUCCGGCUCGCACCGCCCCUUGCAAGGCCACGCCUGCCAGAUCCAGGCUGUGGAGUAUGCCAUGGAUGGUGACGUCAUCCUCUCCUGUGGGGGCUCUACACUCAAGGAUACUCGAAACACUUAA